GUGUGUUUGGAAACAACAUUCCUUCCCGUUAAAGUCCCGUAUGACAGUCCGCUCAGAGACACUCCAGACCCAGCUCAGUCAGAGGAGCUUCCCGUGAAAGGAGACAGUUGUCGUCGCCUUUGCCCUGUUUGUUUAUAUAUUACAGCGCCAGGACUCUUUAUUUCAGUGGUAGCGAGGAAACGGUGUCACCCGGCAGGAGAGACUACGACGAGUAACGUCAAACGAGUAAACAUGGAUGUGGGAGAUUCUGAACAAAAGAUGAUUACUCUUUUUAUAAAAGCGCCCAACCAGGCUUGUGAGGACCAAACCGUCGAAGGCGUCUGUCUGAACUGGACUGUGAAGGACUUAAAAACACAUCUGGCGGCUGUUUACCCAACCAGACCGGCUGUGACUGACCAGAGACUGAUCUACGCCGGUAAACUGCUACCCGACCAUCUGCACAUUAAAGAUCUCCUCAGACAGACUGACUCCAUUCCCACGCUGCACCUCGUGUGUGCGUUCAGAAAUCCACCUCAAGGACAUCUCGGAGCUCGACCCAAGACUAAACAGACUGAACAGCCACGGCCCAGCAGUUCCUCUUCUACAAUGCAGACACCCAGCACACCAGAGCUGAGGCAGAGGAGGCAGACCUCUCCACCUGCAGCUGCUGCUCCUGCUCCUGCUCACACACAUACCCCAGUGUCCCCAUCAGGAACUCCUUCAUGGCCAGCUGCUGCUGCAAUGCCUGGAGCAGCACAGAUGACCCAGCCAGCAUUUCCCAACUACUCUCUGUACAGCCCUCAACAGCUACUGUGGCUCCAGCAUGUCUAUGCCAGACAAUAUUACAUGCAAUAUCACGCAGCGUUGGCAGCAGCAGGCACUGCCCCCUCUGCACCAGCUACAACUAUCGGCCAGUACCCACCUGUUCCUGCACACCAAGUACCUGUCCCAGCCCCCUUAGCCAAUCAGAACCCCAUCAACAACCUGCCAGCAAACCAGAACCCGGUGCAGGACGGCGCUUUCAUCAACCCCGGCGAGGCCAACCAGAACAUGCGGAUGAACGCGCAGGGCGGGCCUGUAAUGGAGGACGAGGAUGAUGUGGAGCGCGAUUGGCUGGACUGGUUGUACUCCUUCGCACGAUUCGGCGUCCUGCUUAUGAUCGUGUACUUCAACUCCAACCUGAGCCGCUUCCUGCUGGUGAUGAGCACCCUCCUCCUCAUGUACUUACACACUGCUGGUUGGUUUCCAUUCAGAAGGAGAGUGCAGGUCCAAGCACCCAACCACCUGCAGCCCCCUGAGGUCCAGCACAACCACCAGAACGAGAACAGGAACCCAGAUCCUAAUCCAGCUGAUGAGAUGGGCGAGGGACAAAGAGGGGACCCUGCUGCUGCAGCUGAUGGAUCAGUCGGACAGAGCCCAAUGACAGCAGUUUUGGUGCCAGCUCACAGGGUGUCGGUCAUGUGGACGGUCUGGGUUUUCUUCAAAACUUUCUUUUCCUCCCUCAUACCUGAGGUUGCUCAGGGUGUGGCCAACUGACCCCCCAGGACAGAUACAGACAGCAGACUGUUUUUAUCUUUUUGAAGGCAUUGCUUGAAAGUACGGAAGGGAAAGGAAGAUGACUCUCAACGCAAGAAUGAAUAAAACCGAGGCCGUCGUUCGGAUGCGUAUCAACGGACAAUAGCGAGGAUCAACACUCCUCUCUAUUGUAACACCAGUGAAAUAAAGCAGUGCCAGACCCUUGAAUUUUAAGAAACUGAUCUGGAAAACAAAGGACUAUAAAUGACAACAUUCUAAACAGUUUAACAAUUUUCAGUUGGAUCCCAUCUCGGAGGCUGUACCUCGCAAGACAAGUGUAGCCUUGGAUUGCUCCCUUUUCCAACAGUAGGUGGCAGCUGAGGGUAAAAAAUAAACCUCAUAGUUGACACUGGUGGACUCUUGUACCUAUAUUGUGAUCAGUGCACACAGGCUAUCAGAUCCCCUAGGACAGUACUUUCAUAUUGAGUAAUAUGAUCCAGAUCCGUACUCCCACAAGUAGUCCACACACCUCAGACCUCAGCGCUGUGUCUAAUGGCUGUACGGAUCUAAAUUCUGUUUUUUCCAGGGGAAUUUUUAUUUUGUUCUUGACAAACCCUCUGUGCAUGGAGCCUUUAAUUACAGCUCCGAUAGUAGAACAGAUGUUUGUUUCACGGGUUUAUGGAAGCAUAGAAAAGCCAAAAGGAUUAGAGCUGAAUUUAUAGCAUUGAAAUAUUUAACAUUCAUUCAUUUUUUGAAUUUUUAGUAUUGCAAAAUACUCACAAUAUUCACAACCACUACAUACAACUUGCUAAAAUUAGAUUGUCAGGAAUAAUGUUGCCUGCCUAAUGUUGUCUAAAUGUAACUGAUCAUUUAGACAACAAAAUACAAGAUGAGAUCAAACAGCUUUGGCCUUUUAUUUGUGUCCACACAGAUACUGUGUUGACUUGAUGGGAACAAUUCAUGAACAGGAAACGUGAUUCACAGAACUGAAAAUAUGACUUUCAUGUACCAGUUCUGCUUUUGGUUGAUUUUUUCUACUGUGGAGCGUCAGGUGAUGGUGACUGUGACCAGACUUUGCGUGCAUUUUCUGUAAAAGAAAAAAAAAAGUUAUGUUUCCAUGCUAAAAAGUUUUGUAAAUAUAUAAACACAUAGCACUUUACAUGUUAUGCAAAUGUAUUCACAUUUAGGGCUCAGUUUUCUUUUUUUCCCCCUUUUUUUCAGAGUGGGGACUAUGUUUAAAUUUCAGGUCAAGUAAAACAAAAACAUAUUAACACAAAAUAGGUUAAAGGUCAUUUCAGUGCCGUUUCCAUCCUGGCAAAUAUUGCUUUAGGAAUAAAUUGGAAUUGCAUGUUUACUUCUCAGCUGGUUUAGGUUAAGGUUAAAGUCAGCACUCUGAUUCCCUUUGGAGUGUGACAGUAACACGUGACAUCAGUCAUAAAGUAUAAUUGGGAAAUUUUAAUGUAAAGAUUUUCUCUUUGUGUUUGUCUUUCUGUGACAGUUGCUCAUUGAUGGAUGCUGUAGAAUGAAGCGUGUGAUUAGGGAGACUUGCAAUAAUGGAUGCAAUAAAUGUUUUUAACUUUAA